ACCGCGGGAUAAAUCACGGUUGCCCAUUGGUAAUAGUAUCCGAAUCGCUAAUUGUACGAUCGCUCGUAAUUCGUUCGUCAUGGCAUUUACGCAAAUUCUGCUGGUCACCGGACUGCUGGCUGUCCAGCUGCUGGAGGUCUACGGCCAUGGGAUGAUGAUGGACCCCGUGUCCAGGAGCAGCGCUUGGAGGAAAGGGUUCCCCGUUGAGCCGAACUACAACGACAAUAGUCUGUUCUGCGGAGGAUACGACGUUAUGUGGAAUCAAAACGGUGGACGUUGCGGUCUUUGUGGCGACAACUAUGCCAUUCAUCAACCCAGGCCCAAUGAGAACCGCGGCGUUUAUGGAACAGGCGUGAUCGUGGAAAGGUACAACCACGGCGAGACGAUCAACGUGAACGUAAAGUUGACCGCGAACCACAUGGGAAAAUUCACCUUCCACAUGUGCCGCCUUCCGUCGCCGGAGCACCUGGAGUCCGAGGACUGCUUCAACGAGCAUCCUCUUCAGCUGGCUGAUGGCACCUACGAGCAAGAAGUCUCGCAGGGUCAGUACGAGUUCAACGUGCCAGUUCGCCUUCCCGAAGAUGUCACCUGUGAACAAUGCGUGAUCAGGUGGACCUACAUAACCGGCAACAAUUGGGGAGAGUGCAGCGAUGGCACCUCGAAAGUGGGCUGUGGUCCUCAGGAAACCUUCAAGAACUGUGCCGACGUUUCCAUCUCGUAAACAGCUAAAUUCUAACGAAACUAGCAAAAUUCUACAUUAAAUUGAACAUAAAUGAUAAAUUUUGUAUCGAUUGGAAACAAAAGGUAUUCUUCUAAAAUAGUUACAGGCAUUGAUACAUUGCGAAAUUGGCAUUUUUAUAGACUGCUUAUUGCUCGAGCAUAGACAUCGUUUGCUAAAAUAUUAAAUUGUGUAAAAAAAAUAAAGUGCCUUAUUAUUCCUAGAGAAAGGAAAA